CACACUGUGUUUACGAAACAAAAAUUCUUUAUGUGAAUUCCAUGAAAUUAAUCCAAUUAUAUCAGUUACACAUUUUGCAUCUAGACAUUGUCAGAUUUAUUUGGAAUUUGGUUUUUGUUCAUUUAUUAGAUUUUAACCUAACAAAAUAUUUCGAUGAUUGUUGCUGCGCCAAUCAGCCCAUACUGCAUAAUGGAAAGAAGCCGAAAAAGUUCAGAGUGCAAUGAAACGAAACCUUUACAUUCAGAACUGUAAAGUGCAUUUAUUAUAUAAUAUACAAUAUAAACAGUGCAAUAUAUGCCUAAAUAAAUAUUAUCGUGUACUUGUGUAGAUACAUAUUUAACUGAUGUGUACCUGUUAUUAUUACUAUUUUUUCAUAACCAUAAAUUCAUAUGAUGAUGUAUUUUAAUUGGUUGAGUAUAGUUUGUCUAUUGGCAGAUACUUAUCAGCUGUCAAAUAUCAUCAAAUUGUAAUUAAUUAGAACGGUGCAAAAACAUAUGAGAAUUUUAUAGAGUGCUAUAAAAAAAUAACGAAUAAUUGUUCUGAAUUUGAGCAUGUAAAAGCUAAUUUUAUUGAUAAUUUUUUGAUUGUAUAUUAUUGGUAAGUGGUAUUUAUUGUUAGAGUAAUACCACAUAAAUGGCACAAUCAAUUUUCGACGCUUUAUCAGGCGUCUCCUUUGAUAGCUCUACUGUCCAAUCUUUACUUGAAUCUCAACAUCUCAUUCCUGAGAUCGAACAAACAACAAUUGAUCAAGAUGAAGAAGAUAUUUUCCAAUGUGGCAAAUGCAAAUGUCAAUUUAAUUUAUUACAUUCAUUUUUGCAUCAUAAAAAAAGUCAUUUAAAAAAACCGCAAACGGUUGAUUUAAGUCAGUAUUUAAUGAAUGAUAAUAAUCAAGUACAAGUCGAUGCUGAAAUGCCGUGUCAAAAUAUCACACAAUUUAAUUCCGAUCAUCCUUCGGAAUCUGAAUUUAUCCAAACUGAUCAACUCAAUGAACCAAUUAUUCUGCAAGAAACUGAAAUGUUAUUCAGCAUGGAUCAAGAAAGUGCAAAUUAUCUAUCAGCAGAAACGAAUUUUGGUGUUCCAAUGAUACUUAGCUCAGAAAAUCUUGAUAGUUUUGCUCCUCCUUCAAAUAUUUCUGAUAAUAAUAAUCUAUUAAAAGACGAUGCUCAAGAACCAUGUAACCAAUCUAUCGAUCCUAGUGAAUCUUUAUUAGAUAAUACAACUUUUAAUAAAAUUUCUUCAUCUGAUGAUAAUCUUUCGCCAGAGAGAAAUAUAACUAAAGUAUUGGAAGAACAAGUAGAUGAUAAUGCAACCAGUAUUACUCCAAAUUUGAAGUAUAAGUGCAAUUAUUGCCAUAAGCAAUUCUCAAAAAAAUUUUACUGGCAACAACAUGAACGAUCUCACACAGGUGAAAAACCUUAUCAAUGUGUUGUUUGUGGACGUGCAUUCGCACAAAAAUCUAAUGUUAAGAAACACAUGUCGUCACAUAAAGUAUGGCCUGGUACAGCUAUUCAUUCUUUACCACCAGAGGCUCCGCCGGACGGGAAUAUUGAUCGAACGUAUCAUUGUCAAUUUUGUAAGGAAAUAUUUGAUUCUUACAAAGCUCUCAAGGGUCACCUAAUAGUCUCUCAUAUGACGUUAAAAGUAUAUAAAUGUGUGCAAAGCAGCUGUAGCAUGAUGUUUGCUGAUUUAGAUGAUUUUCUUGAGCAUACACGUAAUCAUAAACGAUCAGAGUAUCGUUGUCAUGUAUGUGGUGAAAUGUUUCACACCUUAUCUGACCUAGGUCUUCAUCAAUAUGUUCACUCCGUCCGAAAACAAAAAACAACUGAAAAAUAUUAUUGUUGUACAACUUGUAAAUCAUCAUUUUCUAAUCUCGAAGCUUUACAACAUCAUACAGAAACAACAACUCAUGAUUAUGCAUGUCCUCAUUGUGGUAAAAGUUUUCUCAUAGAAAGAUUUCUUCGGAGGCACUUGAAAACUCAUGUUUCUGCGGCUAGAUUUACAUGUGAAGAUUGUGGAAAAGCUUUUAAAACAGAACAAUAUCUGGCUAAUCAUAAAUUAAUUCAUAGUGAAGAAACUCCAUAUCUUUGUACACAAUGCCCAGCUAAGUUUAAAAGAAAAGAUCGGCUUGGGCGUCAUAUGUUAAUACAUGAUUUUACUAAGAGAUUAAAAUGCCCCUUCCGAGGAUACCUUGGAUGUAUGAGUGAAUUCUCUAGACCUGAUAAAUUAAAAAGACAUCUCCUCACACAUAGUAAUAUCAAGAGAUAUCAUUGUACUUAUUGUAAUCGUGAUUUUAAUCGUGCUCAAGCUUUAAAACAUCAAGAAAGUAAUAAACACAUUCUUAAAUGUGAACUUUGUUUACAGAUAUUUAAAAAUAAGGAUCAGCUCGUAACUCACGGUGACUGUGUUCAACCGAAUGAAUCAAAUAAGAAACAUUCAAGUCCGCAGUUACCAAGAAAGGCAAUUGGAACUUUUAAAUCACGUAAACCAACUCCAAAGAGACAAACUAAAGUUAUUGGACCAACUGAAAAAGAAAAAAUUAAAUCGGAUGAAAUCGACAAACGAUUGUUGUUGUCAUCUUCAGAGAAUGUAAAACUAAAUGAUCCAAUUGAAGAAUUAGAUAAUAAUUUAACGAAAACAAACUCCAAAGAAUUUAUUCACUUAUCUAUUGAUACUUUAGUGAGAUCUGAUUUUAUAGAAGAAAAAGAAGAAGAAGAAGAAGAAGAAAAAAUACAACAAGAAAAAGAGACAUUUAAAAAUCAAAUGAUUGAUUUAUAAAUAAUUUUUAUUCAUUCAACGAUGCUUCACAACUAUUUAUUACUGUUUUUUAAUCUUUAAUAUUAAUUUUUUUUUAAUUUCCCUAAAAUUUUUUAUUACUAAGAAAUAUUAUUUUUAUUGUUAUGAAUUAUUGGCAGAAUGUGUACG